AUGACAAACAUUGCUGCGACUUUGGAAAAACUUGUUGAAAAACAAUCGGAAAUGAAAUCAACACUAUCCAAGUUAAAAGAAGAAUUAGAAAAUAUGCCAGACACUGAAAAUAAUGCUACAAAAAUUAGUAAUUUACAACAACAAGUAGAAAAAACUGAAGAACGAAUUAAAAAGCUUGAUGAAGAAAUUUCGUAUUACCGAUGGGAAAAUGCUAAAACGGGAAUUUUUAGCUUCGUAAUCAUGAUUAUUAUUAUUAUUGUGAUUUUAAUUGUUGGAGAUCAGCUCGGGUACUUUUCAUUACCUCAAUUGAUUGCAAGUCUAUUUGAAACAAAGGAAAAAGAUGUGAAUGAUCAAAUUAGAGAAAUGAUGGCAAGGCAAAAGGAAGAAUUUGAGUUUGGUAUGAAAAAUUUAUAA